AGACAUCAUUGGCACGAUAAGAUUCUCAAAGCGCUUAUGACCGGAAUACACCCGAUACCUCUGGUGAUUCGUUGGUAUACCCAUUAUCCGCUCCCGCCUAAUUGAAUCAAUAUGUGAGCAAAUUUUAAAAUGGCCGAUGCCCAGCGUUACCUAUGAGGGACUUGACGUUAAAAGGUUGCGAGGAAACCCCGUAAAUAACAAUUGCGAACCAUGCCAUCAACACAAGCUGACCAGGUUGCGACUACGAGUUCUUCUUACUCCUGACGACAGCAGUCAUUUCACGCAAUAUGAUGUGGAAAACCCUCGCCGCCGCGCUCCUCGUGAGGCAAGGCAUCAGCCAGUACAUGGCCAUGAUGCGAUUCAGCUGUUCGCAGCUCGUGGUCGAGAGACUCGACCCUCUGGUCAACCCAGGUUCCGUGCCGUCGCCGCAUCUCCACCAAAUCGUCGGGGGCAACUCCUUCAACGCCUCCAUGGACCCCAAGACGCACGAUCUUCCAUCGGGUUCCACAUGCACUAGCUGCACGUUCUUGGAGGACUUUUCCAACUACUGGACGGCGGUCCUCUUCUUCCGAGCUCGCAACGGAACUUACAAGCGCGUGCCCCAGUUCGUUAGCGAGGGUCUGGAUGCCAACGGUGGCAUCACGGUAUACUAUAUCCCAUCGCCGGAUACGAAGACGAACGUCACCGCUUUCACGCCCGGCUUCCGCAUGCUUGUCGGUGAUGCCUCGCUGCGCUCGCCCGGCGCGGCGCGCAAGGUGUGCCACCGCUGCAUGCCGGCCUCGGGGGAUAAUAGCAACAUCAACUGCGGGGCUCCCGACAGCCAGGCGCUUCCGAGCGACUUCUGCCCCGGAGGUAUACGUUCGGUUAUCACUUUUCCUACUUGUUGGGAUGGAAAGAACACCGAUAGCCCCGAUCACGAGAGCCACAUCGCCUACCCGAUCUCGGGAGGUUCCGAUUAUGAUGUCGGUGCGUCUGGCACUUGCCCGGAAACCCAUCCCGUAAAGAUACCCCAAGUGAUGUAUGAAGUCAUGUGGGAUACUCGAAUCUUCAAUGACAGGAAUUUAUGGCCUGAGGAUGGCUCGCAGCCAUUCGUGUGGAGCACGAACGAUAACGGUGGUUAUUCGCAACAUGGGGACUACGUCUUCGGUUGGCAAGGCGAUGCGCUUCAGCGCGCGAUGAACGGCCGCUGCAAUGGUACCGUCUGCGACGGAUUAAAGACCCAGUCCUCAGAGGAGGCAAUGAAGUGUACAAAGCCCGCGGUUGUGGAGGAGGAUAUAGACAGCUGGCUCACUGAUAUCCCCGGAAUGUCUACGGUUCCUUGAAUUGUUUAAACUGCUUUGGAACAUUUCAACCUGCCUCGGAAUUGUCGAGGGCAGCGAUUUCGGUGAAAUAGGUAAAUCCCCUGACACGGACCCUGCGAGCAGCUGCUCUAAUUUGAGAGGACUAGCGGUAGUUCUUAGAAGCCGUUGAUUACUGCUCUGCUCAUAAAUUGUGAGAGCAAAAUGUUUAGUAAAUUAUACCAUUAUCA